AUGCAGUCAAAGAACUCUGUAAAAAUAAAAGCUUCAUUGCCCAGGAGCAGAUCAAAGUACAAACGAAAGACAAAGUUAUCAAUCCACGAUAACCUCGCCCCGUUCAUUAUCUCUCUAUCUCUUUCCGACAUAAAAAGCAAAUCCCUACCUGUCAGCAAAAACAAGCAACAGUUGUAUAUAUCUCCAUAUUCCAUCUAUCUAUAUAUCUAUCUAUCUAUCUAUCUAUCUAUCUAUCUAUCUCCUUUUAUUAUCUAUUUAUUAAUCUUGCUCCUUUCAUUAUCUAUCCAUCUUGCUCUUUUUAUUGUCUAUCUGUUUAUCUUUCCAUCUAACUUACGCCAUUUAUGGUCUAUCGGUUUAUCUAUCUAUUUGUCUAUCUUUGCUCCUUUUAUUGCCUAUCUAUCUAUCUAUCUAUCUAUCUAUCUAUCUUGUUCCUUUUAUUAUCUAUUUAUCCAUCUAUCUUGCUCCUUUUAUUGUCUAUCUAUCCAUCUUGCUUCUUUUAUUAUCUAUCUAUCUAUCUAUCUAUCUAUCUAUCUAUCUAUCUAUCUAUCUAUCUAUCUAUCUUGCUUCUGCCACUGUCUAUCUAUCUAUAUAUCUAUCCAUAUUGUUCAUUUCAUUAUCUAUCAGAUAUAG